CCUUAUCGAUAAAUUUCAUUACAAAAUGCUAUAAACUUAUCACAACAGUAUGAUUUCAAUUUCUGUUCCAAUAUCUGCUUUCAAAUCUGAACAAUGAAGACAUUGUUCCUGUUAUUAAUAAUUUAUAAUUUACAAAAUGUCGCCUUUUCGGACGAUGCCGCAACAAUUAUAUACAAGUCGUAUCCGAAAAAAGUCCACCCUGAUCGAGAUAACAUUAAAGUAAUUAAUUCAGGGUCUUUUUACAAAAAAAAGGACCAAGACAAAUCAUUCACGAGGUUCCCACCACCGGUACGCCAAUGGCCGGCCAAACAAAAGGCGAUCGACUCUCUCCCGGGGCACAGCAAUUGGUUCCCACUUGAUUUCAAUGGAGCCCUCAAGAGCAGGGUCAAGAAACUUCCAUAUUUCAAAGAUUUACGGAGGAGUAAGAGGGGUGCCAACGAAUCGAAUUCCGAAGUCACGACAAAAGUGAGCGAUACUCAAAAAACUGAAGCAUCCAAACCCAAGGAAAAUUUACCAACCGUCGCCAAUACCCCAAAAAACGCAUCUCUCGCUCGUAGGUCAGGGGUAGCAAAGAACUCCAAGGUUUCAGCUAAAUUCCGAGCAGAAAGACGAGGACAAUCGAAUAAGGCCGCAAGACAGGGUCGUGUAGGAAAGCCUGCGCGACUUCUUCGGACUUUCGGAAAGAAAAAUUUGAACCGUAAACGUCGUAUGCGUAAACGCAAGCCCAGGUCUCGCGUCUUGAGAGCCGGUAAUGAUAAAGCGCCUAAAGAAAUAGCUGACAAUGACAAAACGCUCAAGGAAAAGGCCGAAAAUGACAAAGCCCUCAAGGAAAAGGCUGGCAAUGACAAAAAAACCAAGGAAAAAACUGGCAAUGACAAAGCGCCGAAAGCAAAAUCUGGAAAUGACAAAGCGCCCAAGGAAAAAUCUAUCAAUGACAAAGCAUCGAAGGUAAAAGCUGGGAAUGACAAAGCACCCAAGCUAAAAGCGGGUAAUGACAAAGUACCUAAGGAAAAAGCUGCCAAUACUAAGCAAGUACACUCCCUGAAAGGACACGCUGGCAAGCAAAUUGGAAAGGCCAAGGCAAAACGCCGUGCUCCGUCCAAACGUAAUCCCAAAGCGCGCCGGCCGGUGGCGAGUCGGCGACUGAUCUCCGCGCGCGACGCCAAUCCCGUGGACUACCCUUACAUGGUGUCGAUCCAGAAAGACAACGCGCACUGGUGCUCCGGCGCUAUCCUCAACCCGCAGCUCAUCAUAUCCACCGCCAACUGCUUUUGGAAGUCAAAAGCUGUAAGUCGGAUGAAAAUCCGCGCUGGCGCAAUAAGCAUCGACACGGGAGGACAGAUAGCGUACAUUGCCGAGGUGAGGAAACACCCCAACUGGAGCAUACGCAAGGUGCCUGAGAACGAUAUUGCGUUGGCGUUAUUGGACAGGCAACUCAGGUUCUCAGACGCUGUUCACGCGGUGGAUCUGCCCAACAAAGCGAUGAUACCUCCGUUCGAUGACGUUUGGGUCACCAGCUAUGGCGCUGAAAGGCGCGACGGCGUGUUCAGCAGGCUGCGGCUGACGCUGCAGGUGCUGUACAUGCGGAUGAUACCAGAGGCCAAGUGCGCGGAGAUCACCAAACGGUUCGGCGUUCCCCUCCACGACAGCUUCUUCUGCCUUGAGCAGAUCGGACGCCGCGCGCCCUGCACCCGUGACACCGGCGCACCAGCGGUGAGCGACGGCGUCCUCUGGGGCUUGGCGUCCUGGGGCCUCCGGAAGUUAUGCGGCACGCAGCGGUUCCCCGCAAUGUUCUCGUACGUGGCCGAUGUUGGCAACAUCGAUUUCAUCGUGAACGCCACCUCGGAGAUGAUGGGCGAGGAGCGCAAGAGCCCGUUCCUGGAUCGCCCGCCUAUCCGCCCCCGCACGCGAAUCCGGCUGCCCGGCGAGAAACUACCAGAAAUAACUAUGUAUUAGCUUAGCUUGGUAUACAUUCUAUAGCGUUC